UGUGUGUGGGUGUGUGUGUGUGUGUGUGUGUGGGUGUGGUCUAGUGUUGGAACAGGGCGAGGCUCUUCUCUACUUAAAAGACUCUUGUUUCACAGAGUGAGUUUCUGCAGCUCUCUCAGAUCACAAACCAGCAGCAUGAACCUGGAAGAUGCUCUAGGAGGUUGGCCCGCCGGAGGAAACAACCAACCCCAAGGCGGACCCUGGCCAGGUCAGCCUGCUAAUCCCGCCUGGCCGGGAAGUCAGCCUGGAGGAGGAGGAGGAGGAGCCUGGCCCGGACAGCCCACCCAACCAAGCCAGCCCGGUUGGCCCGGACAGCCCACCCAACCAAGCCAGCCCGGUUGGCCCGGACAGCCCAGUCAACCCAGUCAACCUGCCUGGCCCUCUCCCAGUCCCCAACCAUCUGCACCUGGAGCUGUAAUUGGACCUGGACCCGGUUUCGGACCUGGACCCACUGCCCCCCAAAAGUUUGUGUCAGCUCCAUACAACGAAACUCUGCAUAACGGAGUUUAUGACAAACUCCUCAUCACCAUCGUUGGAACCAUCAAACCCAACGCUGACAAGAUCACAGUGGAUCUGUCAUCAGGACAAGACCUGGCGUUCCACUUCAACCCUCGUUUCAAUGAAGGUGGCAAGAAGAGUAUUGUGAGGAACAGCUGCAUAAGCACCAAAUGGGGGAAAGAAGAGAGAGACCUUUCAGGAACCUUUCCCUUCACCGCAGGACAGCCGUUUGAGAUGAAGAUCAUGUGCACCAACACAGAGUUUAAGGUUGCCGUCAACAACUCCCACGUGCUGUCAUUCAAGCACCGGGUCAGCAACCUCAAAUCCAUCAACCGCCUCAGCAUCUACAACGACCUCACCCUGAGUGACGUCCGCAUGGAGACUCUGCCCUGAGGCCGGUAGAUCUAUAUUUGAUCGACGGAGAUCAAUUGUAGAUCCACUGGAGAUUUACAGGAGAUCUACUGGUGAUGAACCAAA